CGACUACAAAGAGACACAAAGCGACUACAAAGAGACACAACAACAACAAGAGGCUAAACAACAUAAAGUCUGUGUUUCUUGCUCCUCUGUCUGAGGGGGGGACUUGUUUCAUAAUCCACAUAUGCAGCUAGUUUCUCUAAAACAUGUUAUUUCUUCAGAUCUGAGGAUGUGGGCGUUGAUGGGCGUCUGUCUCUUCCACUGUGUCUUCGGACAGCUGUUUGACUCCAAACUGAAAGGAGCCUCGCGUCUCAUCUGCAGUGUCCCCGGGUCCCCGGGCCUGCCUGGCAAACCCGGUCCCAGCGGGGCCCCCGGAGCAGAUGGGAACGUGGGUAUCCUGGGAAGAGAUGGCAGAGAUGGCAGGAAGGGAGAAAAGGGAGAAAAGGGAGUGACAGGCUUGAAGGGCAGAGUUGGCCCCACAGGAAAAAUCGGAGGCCGAGGACAGCGGGGCCCCGCGGGGAAGCGAGGCCCCGCAGGAGGGAGUGGAGAAGUGGGCUCACUUGGUCCUUCAGGGCGCGACGGAGAGAAAGGACAGCAGGGACAAAGAGGACCACGCGGGACUGCAGGGACCUGCAGGUGUGGCAGCCUGCUGCCUAAAUCAGCCUUCUCUGCAGGAAUCACCAGCAGCUACCCUGCAGAGAAAACACCCAUCAAGUUCAACAAGGUGCUGUUCGAUGAGGGCGGACACUACAACCCGCUGACGGGCAAAUUCAUCUGUGCAUACCCGGGUAUUUAUUACUUCUCCUACGACAUUACACUGGCCAACAAACACCUGGCCAUUGGUCUGGUGCAGAACGGGCAGUAUCGCAUUAAAACCUUUGAUGCCAACACAGGGAACCACGACGUGGCGUCCGGCUCCACCGUCACCUACCUGAACCCAGAGGACGAGGUGUGGCUGGAGAUCUUCUUCCACGACCAGAACGGGUUAUUUUCUGACCCGGGCUGGACGGACAGCCUGUUCUCCGGCUUCCUGCUUUAUGCAGACACAGACUAUUUGGACACACUGGCAGAGGACUAUGAAUAGAAAGCACAUUAUUACACACAUGGUAACUAUAUUUGUAUACACAUGAUGGUACUGCUAGUUAUAUUAUAGAGAACUAUCUACUGAUUUGAAAUGAUAUUAUUUGAAUGAGUUUCUGAUUUAUUUGUAUUGGCUGUGAGAUCAAUAAUAACUUAACCUUAAACAAGUUGCUCUGAUGUCUCUGAUGAUGAUAUUAUACAUUUAUAUUAUUAUUGUAUAUAUUACAUUAGAUCAAAAAUAUUCAUUCAUUUCCAGAUGUCAUUUUCUUUACGUGUUGUUGUUUAAUGAAGACAUUUAGUGUUUCUGAGUGAGAUGUGUGGAUGAUUGUCACCAACAUUGAUGUUGAUUGUUGAAACAUGAUAAGUGCAGGUGUUUGUGUAACCGAUGUACAAAUGAUAACAUGUUUUAUAUUUCACAAACAUCUAAUUGUUCAUAUUUUGUUGUAAUAAUACUCCUUUUUGUAUAUUUAUUUCGAGGAGUCUUAUUUUGUUAAAUAUGCUUUUAUG